AUGGCGGGGACGCGGCUGGCGCUCCUGGCUCUGGUGCUGGCGACCUGCGGGGAGCUCGCAACAGCUUUGCGGUGUUUCGCCUGCCCUGAGCCCACCAGCGUGUCCAGCUGUGUCACCUUGGCUACCUGUACCGCUAAUGAGACCAUGUGCAAGACCACACUCUACUCCCUGGAGACUGUGUACCCAUUCUUGGGGGACUCCACAGUGACCAAGUCCUGCGCCAGCAAGUGUGAGCCCUCAGACAUGGAUGGCAUCGGCCUGACCCGGCCUGUGUCCUGCUGCAAUACCGAUCUGUGCAAUGUGGACUACGCCCCCGCCCAAGGAGGCCCUGGAGGCCUGGCCUACGUCUCACUGCUGAUCUCCCUCUGGAGUCUUGGGCUUUAG